CUUUAUAUACAGCUAGGGUUUUGGCUCGCGCACCCUACCAGUUCCUUCGUCUCUGUAAUCUCUUCAUAGCAGCAGCUGCAGGUUUUCUUUAUGGGAAUAGCGUGGCUUAGCUCAGACGUUUGACAGAAGAUUCAAUCAAACAGAACAAAAUGGCAGGUGAAGAGGCUGUUGUGGUACCAGUGGAGGCACCUGCAGCCCCAGCAGCAGCGCUUGAGGAUUGUAAUCAGCCUGACUAUCAGAAAUUGGUCAAAGCACUUUGUGCUGACCACAAUGUCAGCUUAGUAACUGUUCCAGCUGCAAAGACUCUUGGCGAGUGGGCUGGUUUGUGCAAGAUUGAUUCGGAAGGAAAGGCAAGAAAGGUUGUGGGCUGUUCAUGCCUUGUUGUGAGGGAUUAUGGUGAGGAAUCUGAAGGACUCCACAUUGUUCAGGAGUAUGUGAAAUCCCACUAAGUAUUUGAGAAUGGAUCGAAACUAGUUGGUGGGAAAUCCAAAACUUUGUUUUAUUUUUCCGACUUUUGUCUGUUUGGAACUUCGUUUUAGAAAAUUUUGAAUGGUUUUAUAAACAUUAGAUUCCAACUAUCCAGAGUUUCAAAUUUUAGUUUUUGCUCUAUUUAUGUGACGCUGCUUGUUGAUUCAUGGAUUAAGAAAUGGCUUCUUUUUUAACCAAAAAAAAAAAUUGAAAUUUUGUUUAAUUAACUAAUGUGUAAGCUAAUGCAAUGUUGAAAAUAAAUCGAUCAGAUUUAUAAUUUUUUAGAUAUAGG